AUGGAGUACGUGGCCGCGGCGCGGUCUCUGACCCCGAUGAGCCGCAGGACUCGCCAUGCUCACCGCCUCCAGCUCGCCGCCGAUCCUCCUCUGCAGGCUCCUCCUCCUCCUCCUCUUCCUCCUCCGGUUCAGUUGCAGCCGACGACGGCAGGAAUCGUCAACGGCAACAGCAAUGGGCUGCCGGUGCAACAACAGCAGAGCCAGAGGCGCAUGGGUCUUGAGCAAGAGUUGCAGCCGACAACGGCAGGCAUCGGCAACAGCAACGGCAACGGCAUCGGUAUGCAGGUGCAACAACAGCAGAGCCAGAGGCGCAAGGAUCUUGAGCAAGAGGUGGCGGAGCUGAAGCAGCAGCUGAGCAACGAACAGAUGGUGCACCACAUCCUCGAGCGCGCCCUGCACGCCCCGACUAAUUCAUCAACCUCGGCGCGCUCCGUGCUCCUCAACAUCCCAGCCUUCAUCCCGGCAAAGGCCAAGCAGCUGCUCGCCGAGCUCGUGCUCGUCGAGGAGGAGAUCGUGCGCCUCGAGUCCCAGAUACACACCAUGAAGGGCAGCCUGACCCUCUCACAGCACCAGCGAGCAUCAGUUGCAAUGGCCUCCAACACGUACUCGUACCCGGCAAGUGUCUACACCAACAAUGGCAGCGGCAAUGGCAACCCACCAAGUGUCUACACCAACAAUGGCAGUGGCAAUGGUCGUUUCAGCAAUGGAGAAGCAGCUACACCGGGUAACGGCACAACGGCACACUCAGCUCCGGCGUCGGCCCGUCAUGGCAACAUCAAGGUCAAUGGAGGAGCUACGACAGGUAACAGCACGCCCACGCACACGGCACCGACGUUGGCUCGUCAAGCCUCGGAUCAGGUGGCGCCGGAGAUAAAGUCCAUGUUCUUCAUCAGCCAGGCCAUGAACGCCGAGUACCUCCAGCGCCACCUUGCCGCCGCGGCCACCGACGACAAGCCGGCCAAGAGCCCUAGAGAGCAGGCCAGAGGCUCCUCGGGAGCCGCCGCCGUCAGCCCCAAGCUCAACGGUAACAUCUUUGGCCUCCCGCCAAGAAACUCCCUUGAAAAGCAAUCCGACCGAGCACCCCAAAAACCUCCAAGAGUCUCCCAAGAAGCAUCUCCGGUGCCAUCGCCGACGACGAAGAGGGACGAGCAGGCCAAGGUGCAACCAAACAAGCUGUCGGAGAGGAUCGUCAAGUGCCUGGCGGUGAUCUUCAUCAGGCUGCUCCGGUCGUCGCGGGUGGCGGAGAUGGAGAAGUCCGGCAACCUGGCCAGGUCCGGGAACCUGCAGGGGAGCUUCCGGAUCGACGCGGUUCUGAACGUGGCGGCGGCCAAGGAGAAGGAUCAGAGGGGCCAACAGGACCACUACGGCAUCUUCGGGUUGCCGGACUCGGUGCUCCGGGACAUCGGCCCCUACAAGAACCUCGUCAGGUUCACAUCGAGUGCUUUCGACCUCAGAGGGUUCUCAAGCUCCCCUCUGCUCACCAAACUUAGGGAGAUGUUGGAGGCCUUGCAGCAGGUGGAUUUGAGGUUUUUGACGCACCAGCAGAAGCUGGCAUUUUGGCUCAACAUUUACAACACAUGCAUCAUGCACGGAAUCCUGCAGCAUGGUUUGCCCUCAAACUCUGAAAAGUUGCUGGCACUCAAGAACAAGGCAACCAUCAAUGUUUCAGGGCAGAAGUUCAAUGCUCUCGUGAUUGAAAAUUUCGUCUUGAGGCAGCCAUCGAGUGUGAAAGAAGAAUUCUGGAAGUGCGAUGUCGAUGUCGAAGAACAGAAGGUGAGGGGUCUCUACGGAUUGAAUAGUUCGGAACCAAACAUUCUGUUCGCGAUGUGCUGCGGCACCAGAUCUUCGCCAGCGCUGAGGAUAUACAAGGCCGACCGUGUGAUGAUGGAUCUGGAGAAGGCGAAGGUGGACUACCUGCAGGCUUCACUGGUGGUGACCUCGACGAGGAGGCUGAUGAUCCCGGACCUGAUACACUCCAACAUGCACGACUACGCCAAGGACAUGGAGUCGCUGCUCCGGUGGAUCUGUGACCAGCUCCCCACAUCUUGGUCGCUCAGGAAAUCCAUGGUGGACUGCUUGAGGGGACACCAGGGCCACCUUAAGGUCGAAGACGUCGUGGAGGUGAUCCCAUAUGAUUAUGAGUUUCAAUACCUGUUGCCCAUGUGA